UAUUGUUACGUAAUCGACCUGAAGUAAACUGGUGAUACAAAAGGGACUUCAUUAUUAUGCAUAACACUUUGAUUGAAAGUAUAUGAUAAGGCUUAGUUGUUCUAUUAUUUCCUCUGAGUGAUCAAAAAAAUGAUUAUCUCUAAAAGCUAAAUGAGUCCCUUAUCAUAAUUUCUUAAAAAAGACAAGAACAAGAAAAAGAACGGUAGUUUGGGCUCUCUAUGUCCUUCACAUCGCGCGUGCGUUUUAUUAGGAUUGGCGGACAAAAAUGAUUAUCUCUAAAAGCUAAAUGAGUCCCUUGCAUUUUUUAUCAUAAUUUCUAAAAAAAGACAAGAACAAGAAAAAGAACGGUAGUUUGGGCUCUCUAUGUCCUUCACAUCGCGCGUGCGUUUUAUUAGGAUUGGCGGACAAAAAUGAUUAUCUCUAAAAGCUAAAUGAGUCCCUUGCAUUUUUUAUCAUAAUUUUUAAAAAAAGACAAGAACAAGAAAAAGAACGGUAGUUUGGGCUCUCCAUGUCCUUCGCAUCGCGCGUGCGUUUUAUGAGGAUUGGCGGACAAAAAUGAUUAUCUCUAAAAGCUAAAUGAGUCCCUUGCAUUUUUUAUCAUAAUUUCUAAAAAAAGACAAGAACAAGAAAAAGAACGGUAGUUUGGGCUCUCUAUGUCCUUCACAUCGCGCGUGCGUUUUAUUAGGAUUGGCGGACAAAAAUGAUUAUCUCUAAAAGCUAAAUGAGUCCCUUGCAUUUUUUAUCAUAAUUUCUAAAAAAAGACAAGAACAAGAAAAAGAACGGUAGUUUGGGCUCUCUGUGUCCUUCACAUCGCGCGUGCGUUUUAUGAGGAUUGGCGCGCGCCUUGUACCGUUACAGCGCGCGCAAAAAGAAGCAUCUUAUUAAAUUUGAAGCCAAAGAGUCCAGUCAAAAAACUCUGGGACGUCGCUAACCAUGCCUAGAGGGGAAGAGAUAGAUAUUUUCCCUUUACAUGCCAGCGAGGUUCGGUGGGUACCAGGCUGGGACGGCAUUCUUCCCGAAUGUCCGCCGAGGCCUCAUUUGCAUGGCGUCUGGCGAUUGGCGGAGGGCGCUACAAAAUGGAAGGACGUAUCACACAACAUAGCCACUAUGCCCGACAAAAGGCCACAAUUAACUGCCUAUCUUGCAGAAUAUGAAAGAACACAUACGCAGAUGGAUGCUUACAAAAAGAGAAAACAUGCUAAACGAAUUAAAAAACACAGAAAUAAGAUACCAAAGAAACAAAAAAAGCCUACAAAAGUCCAGAAGGUUGAUGCUGCAGUUCAGACCAAUGAAGAGGAACUUUUAAAUCAAGACUUUAUGGAUUAUUGAUAAAAUGCCCAAUGAUAUUAAUAGAAAAUAAAAUACUUUUAAAAAACAUGUUUUA